UCCUUUGUCCACCACAAUAGGCGCCAAACCCCACAGUAAACGGAUUCCUAACCUCACGGAGUGUUUUCGUGUUUCCAUGCUUUCGUGUUUCGUGGCUUCGUGAUCUUCGAAUAAUUUUCUGCGCACCUUUUCGUUCUAAAUCGAAUAUUUUCGCAGUUUUAGUGUGUAACGUGAGUCUUCGUGUGAAUUUUGCUUAAUCUUGGGCUACAAUGAGUGGACCGAAUGACGGACUCAAGGUAAAGAAGAGCUUCCUCCGCUCAAUCAAACCCUUCCUGGAUUUGCCAUCAAUCUACCCGAGUUUCAUCCAAGAUAUCGGGAUUAUCGCAGAAGCCCAUCGUUUUGAAGUAACCUCAUGGGACUCAUUUAUUAAUCUCCUAAUUUCGUUUAUCCGCCACGAAGAUGUUCGAAGUGAUGAAGGUGCUCCCUUGCUACCCGUUAUCUCAUGGUGCCUGGCCAAGGCGAGAGGUCACCAGACUUCAGACAAGGUAAAGGAGAGCUUCCUCCACUCAAUCAAACCCUUCCUGGAUUUGCCAUCAACCUACCCGAGUUUCAUCCAGGAUAUUGGUACUGUCGCAGAAGCCCAUCGGUUUGAAGUAACCUCAUGGGACUCAUUUAUUAAUCUCCUAAUUUCGUUUAUCCGCCACGAAGAUGUUCGAAGUGAUGAAGGCACUCCCUUGCUACCCGUUAUCUCAUGGUGCCUGGCCAAGGCGAGAGAUCACCAGACUUACAGGAUCGUCAGUAAUUCAUCUGCCGUGAGCAGCACCCUUCCCAAUAACGAGAGUCCUUCGUUAUCAGUGUUUUCUCGGAACGAGGUAAAAGAGGGGAACACGUCCGAUCUAAUCGAUCGAACUUCCUCUAAGCCUUUAUCAUCAGCAACUUUAGAUGCAAUGAAUACUCACGGAACAAAAGGCGGAUUGGGACGGCAACGUGGAUCUUCGAGGGAAAUCUCACCGACGCCAUCAUUACCGCCCUCAUAUUCCCGACAGGAAUCUCUGACGUCCCCACCUACGGAGGAGCCACUCACCCAGCGGGACCCUCCUCAAACGCAGCUAACUCUGGAAUCUGCACGUGAGCUGAUCAGUAGAUUUUUGCGUAUUCAAAGGAGCCCCUCUCCAGCAUCGACUGUUGGGUCCAAACGAUUUCGGAAAGAAGAUGAGCCGUCAACAUCCCACGGUAGCCCGAGUGUUCACCAACUUAAAGGAAAAUCACCAUUCAAUCAACCAAGCCGUCCUCCUGUAGCCGCGCCUGGUGUGUCAUCUGGAAAGGUCACCAAAGCCCUGCGUCGAGUCGCACCAAGAGCCCGCCCAUCCGGAGCAUUACCUCGAGUCUUGGCUGCAGGUCCACCUAAAGCCGCGCCUAAAAUCCUAAAAGGCGGGAAGGUGGGAUGUAAAUCUGCGUUGAAAGGAUAUUUAGAUUACAGUGAUUCGGAAAGUUGUUCCGAAUGAUUCGAAAAAUUUCGGCGAAAAAAUAGCUUUUUCCGCAUCUGAGAUGGAAGCUUCAAGUCUCAAAAUGUUGAAAACUUAAAGAAAUGGACCAAACGUAAGAGGACAAACACACACAAUGGAGAUGUUGCAUGUGUGAGGAAUUUGCAAUUUGACUGUUGAUUCCUUUGUAAAAGUUC